AUGUAGAUGAGAGCUGAGAUUAUUUUGUGUAUCCAUCAUUAGACCAUUUUGUUUGAGACCCGUGAACAUGGGUUGUGCUGUAAGUUCAACCAGCGAUCCCUGUGAUUUUUUUUUUAAAGAUUUAUUGGGGGGGAGCAAUUUUCGGUUCACAGCCAAAUGAGAGGAAGGUACAGAGAUUUCCCAUAUACUCUAGCUGCACACAUGCACAGCCUUCUCUGUUAUCAGCAUCUCUCAGCAGAGUGGCACAUUUGGUAUAUUUGAUGAGUCUCCACUGACACAUCAUAACCGCCUAAAACCCAUAGUUUGUUUACAUUAGGGUUCACUCUUGGCAGUGUGCGUUCUGUGAGUUUGGGCAAAUGUAUAAUGACCAUAUAUCCAUCAAUCUGGUCUCGGAGCUAGUAUUUUCACCACCCUAAAAUUCCCCUGGGCUCUAUUCUAUUUCUCCCUACUCUCAUCCCCUGGCAACUGCUACUCUUUGUAUUGUCUCCAUAGUUGUAUCUUUUCCAUAGUGUCAUAGUUGGAAUCAGACAAUAUGUAGCCUUUUCAGAUUGACUUCUUUUACUUGGUAAUACACAUUUGAGUUUCCUUUAUGUCUUUUCACGGGUGAUAGUUCAUUUCUUGCUAAGUUUCCUUCGUGUCUUUUCAUGGCUUGAUAGCUCAUUUCUUAGCGCUGAAUAUUCCAUUGCUUGGAUGGACCACGGUUUAUCCUUUUAUCCAGUGAAGCACCUCUCAGUUGCUUCCAAGUUUUGGCAAUUGUGAAUAAGGCUCCUAUACACAUCUAUGGGCAGUUUUAAUAGUUGGCUUCUUAGCAUUGUAUGGUAAUGAGCUAGAAUAGAAAAUCCACAGAAUUUAAUAAAAAUAAAGAGCAAAGGUAAAUGAAUGGUUUGAGGGUGAGCUUAGAGUCUGAACUGUGUGAUAUAGUGGAGGGAACACUAAUUCAAACAUCUAACUUCUUAAUUAUGCCACUACUUUGUAGAGCUAUUUUCCUUUCAACCAUGAACAGACUUUAUCCUUUAGUGGCACAGAGCCCAAAUAGCAACCUGAAAUCCUUGCUUUUUCUUUUCCCAUAAUUUUUUCAUGCUUACUUAUUUCCUGAGACGGUCUUCUCAUUUAGGUAUUUAGAAAUUGGAGGAAGGAUGGGUACUGUUUGAUUGACUGCUGGAGGGCAAUUGGGCCAAUAUCAAAGAUUUUGACUCUAGAGUGUUAGAACAGUUUUUACUGUAAAGACAAGAAGGACAAAUGAGGUACUAGUUAGGGGAACAGGAACCUUCAAAUGAAGUCUUUUGAGUUUUUACAGCAAGAGCCAGAAGUCGCUCAGUGUCAUAAAGUUUAGGCAUUAAGUCUAACAACCGUGGAGGUGGGAAUCUUGGCUAGGUGAGGUCCACUUCUCAGGAGAGGGAGGAAGACCAUCUUUUCGCAGGAGCUAGUGUUUAUGCUAGACAUACUUCACGUUCAAGAGGAGAAACAGCAUGCUGCUGUGAAAUGAUAAGCCGCUGAGGUUUGACGGUUGGACCAGAAAGCUGGAAGGUGUGACUAGAAGCCGUGAUCUAAGCUCCUAGCUGACAAAGUGAAUAUUGUCAGUAGGGGUUGAGGUAAGCUGUGUGGUUUCCCAAAUGGAAAAAGGCUUUGCAGCCAAGCAGCCAGGAAGUAAGUAAACAAAUGCUUUGUAUAUACAUAUGUUUUAUGUAGUAUGUGUCUUUUGAGCAAAAGUGAAUUCAGAAGACCUCUCACUGGCUUCUCUCUAAAAUGGAAAAAUCUAGAUUUUAUAGUCAAUUCCUCUUAACUCGAACCCCCUUGCUCAUCAAGCACACAUGUAGGCAUCGUAUCUCUUGUCUGUGCUGCAGUUACGAUAAGGGACCAGACAGACGUGGUAGUCACAGAGUUUACGUAGAGAAGACAGACAGGUAUGGAAGUGCAAAAAGGUAAUCUGCAGCUGUCUAGGCUCCAUCAUGAGAACUCUCCACACUUUCAUCAGCUAUAAGGAUGUAAAUCAAAGCAGAAUAAAGGCUCACCAUUACUAGUGUCUCCACAGGGACAGGAAAAUAUAAAUAGCUAGAUCUGAGGGCACAGAAUGGUUUUUCUAGGGCGGUAGUAGGAUGCCGCCCACGUUUUUCCAGUACUAAUGUGCCUGCCUGCCCCUUCCCACCUCCUUUCUUCUGAGCGUCUACACUCCAAACCUCACAUGUUAGGACAGAGAAACUAGCUCAGCCUGUCAGGACUUCUGGAUCGCAGUCCUGGCUUUUCUGCUAUUUAUAGAACCUUGGGAGAGAGAGGGAAAAAAUGACUAUUUAUUUUGAAGUCUGAGAAAUCCUAUCUGUAGUGCUAAUCUCAUUGAAGUCUUCCCAGUCUAUCAAGUGAGUGAUAUUCUCAUAGAACAUGGGAGGAAACUGGCUUGAAGAUCGCAAGUGACUGGUUCACAUUUUUGCAGCUAGAAAGGAUUUGAACCUGGGACCUCAAAUAAUAAUAUUUGACAUGUAAUGAGUGCCUACUGCGUGUUUACCAGGUCUGGUUGGCACUUGAUAGACCCGGUCUCACUUAACUCUCAUAACAACCUGAGAAGGCAAAUAUUCUCGCUAUCUUACUAGGAUGAACCCGACGUUUUAUAGAAGGGUAGUGACUUGCCCCACAUCUCACAGGGAAGCUAGUGCUGGUAUUUCAAGCCACAUCUGCCUGCUUCCAGAAUUCAUGCUUUGUAGCAUGAGGUUUGUUGCAAAUCCAAGCCCUUCUGAAUCCAUAUUCUCUCUGUGCUUUGUAUUCAGUCAGGCCUGAUUUUAAACAUGGGUCAAGACUUAGCAAGAACGUGGGUGUCGGCAAGUCAAUUAACUUCUUAACGUUAGUUUCUUCAUUCGUAAAAUGGGGACAGUAAUAAACAGCUCUCAGCAUUGGAAGGUUUUGAUAUGGUUGGAUGUACAGUGGGUCCUCCAAUAAAUGAUAGUGUCUCUCUCUGCCACCUUUGUGAUGACCAUGAAUACUUCUCCCAGCCCUGCUCCCAAUGUUCUCUCAGCAGAACUGGUUUUAUUUAUUUAUUUAUUUAUUUAUUUAUUUAUUUAUUUUUGGCGCUAGGAUAGAAGGCUAAGAUCUUUCUCUGUUUGGAGAUGAACAAAGCCGAACCAGGAGUGGGGUAAAGACAAGAAAAUGCCCAGCAGCAUGUAUUCUUGAAGUGUCCAGAACCUACCCAUGCAACUUUGCUUUGUCUUAUUGAAUUAAAUUAGUCUCUGGGAGGUAUUUCAGCUGAGUGCCUGCACGUGAUGACAAGUGGUGAUUCAGAGAUUCAGGACCGCUUUGGGGACAGACAUGGGGCCAAACACCAGCAACAUAACCUAGACAUGGUGGUCCUAGAGGUCAGAACAGUCAGUAGCUGUGUUUGUAAAGUAGCAUGGAAGUGAGGUGGGCAGCAUGAGCAAACUGAAGAAUGAGAAAUCCUUCUAAAGGACAAUGUUUUGGUUGUGGCUCGACGUGGUAAGGGAAAAAAAGAAUAAGCAAGGAAUUUGGUCAGAGUCGGGUGAAAUAAGGGUGAGUUGUCUCUGCAUAACCAAUUUCUGUUUCUCAUCCCACCUCACUCCUCUCUGCCACACCCCACGUUAACCAUAAUCAUGUGAUGUGAAGGGCAACGUCAGUUGGUUUCAUAGAGCUGUAUGUCAGAAGACUGACAAGGACUGUAUUACAUGACAAUGAACUUCAGGGAGAUUUGGGUGUAUUCUGGUAAGGUCUGACUCAUAGAAACAGUUGUAGAGAUGAAUUUCCUUUAGCUGGAAGGUUGAAGAUCUUCACGAAGUAAGGUUCACGCACAAAACUCGAGUGGAGGAAUACUUCAAUAGUAUCUCUUCUUAAAAGAUCAAAUGUGAGCAUUUUCUCACACACCUAGUGAUGUAUAAAUGGGAGCAACUUCACUGGAAGGCAUUUGGCAAUAUGUAGCAAAGUUCUUUAACGUAUCGAUCCCAUAAUUUUAUGUUUAAACAUUUUUCCUAAGACAGUAUUCAAAAAUAAGGCCAAAUAUUUUUUAUGUUAGCAAAAAACAUGGAAACCACCCAGAUGCCCAACCGUAGGGGAUUGCCUGAAUAAAUUGUGAUAUAAUCUGUCUGGGUAAUGACUAUAUAUGGUUUUUAAAAUCACAUUGUAGAUGAAUAUUUUUUAAAUGAGGAAACAUUUAUUAGGAAAUAAUCAAAAACAUCAUGUAUGGAACGAUUCCAACUUUGAUAAUAAACCCAGUGUGUGGAUAGAAAAACUAGAAGAAUAUACGCCAAAAUUUUUGUAGUGGAAUUAUGGACAUGUAAAAACAAUUUCUAAAAUACAUUUAUCUGUAGUACACAUAAAUGGAAAAAAGAAAUAAUACAUUUUUUUUCAAAUAGCAACAUGGAAGAUAAAGUUUCUAACAGGCUAUUUAAGAGUUAAAGAAUUUAGUUACUUAGAAUUUAGAACAAAACUGUGUUCAUUUAUAUGUUCAGUCCUCAAAUAAUUGAUUUUGACUGUUAUUUUGCAAAGAGUUCGAAGUGGUUGGUUAGUUGAAAUGGAGGAAGAUAUACCUCAACAUCAGCCUUUUGAUAUAGUUUCCUUUCACCACUUUGGUCAAGAGGAGGGGCACUAAUUUUUGUAGUGUGAGUACCAUUCAGAGACAAUUCAUUUCUGCCUUCUGUCUUAUAGUCGUGACGCACACAAGGAAUCCAGGAUUGGAAAGGCCAGCUUCUUCCACCGCAUUUCGGGAUCAGUGUUCUCCACCUGCAUCACUGCCUGGCAUAGACACAGAUAUCAUCUCUUCACACUGAUUAAUAUAAGAACCAAGAGAUGAGCGAUCAGAAAGUGAUUUAUUCCACCCUGAGGUUUCUUCAGUCUCCUUCAGAGUCACAAAAUAGGAUAAGGCCAGGUGGGACUCAAAGGCCUGGGAAAACUGAUGACAAAGAGUUUUCAGUGCCAUGGCAUCUCAUUGCAGUGAUUCUUGGGAUCCUCUGUUUACUACUAUCGGUGACAGUUGCAGUGUUGGGGACGAAGAUUUUUCAGUAUAUUCAAGAAAACCAUCAGCAGAGGGAAAAGAUAAGAAAUUUGAGUCAAGAGUACCAAAUUGUGCAAAACGACAGCUACUUCAAGGAGCAACUUUUGACAAAUAAGAUUUUGGAAUAUAACAGUCGUGAAAAUGAAAGUCUUCAGCAGAAAAUGAAGCAGGAUUUUAUAGAAAGGACAUGCCAGAGAAAAAAUAUAGGCAAACUCUACGAAAGCCACUGGUCCUGUUGUGGAAUAAAGUGUUACUAUUUUAUUCCUGAAUAUAAAAACUGGAAGGGAUGUAAACAGACAUGCCAAAGCUAUAAUUCAUUUCUUCUGAAGAUAAAUGAUCAAGAUGAACUGACCUUCAUUCAAACCCAAACUUAUAGGAAUUACUACUGGAUUGGAUUAUCAUAUAAUCGAGGAGAAAGAAAAUGGAAAUGGAUUGACAGUGACCCACUUUUGGGGAUGCACUAUGCAUUCAUGAAUAUUUCUGGGAGAGGACAAUGUGCAUUUUUAUCUUCAACAAGAAUAACAAGUGCUGAGUGCUCUCAGAUGUACAAUUGUAUCUGUGAGAAGACAAUUGGUGAUAUUUUCUUUCCCUUCUUCAAUAAUUAUAAGAAAAGAUGAGAUAGAAUUUUGUAA